AUGUGGCGGCAGCUGGGCUCUGGACGCCGGCUCCUGAGCGCCUUGCCUUCAGGUCCCUAACUCCCGGCCUCAGAUGACCAGGGGAAGCCUGGCGGGCCGCGGUGCCAGGACCGUGCCGCCCCGCCCCCUGGACGCCAGCUGCUGCACGAGGUUGCCUUCCCACGCGCUGGGCCUUGGGCCUUGCCAUUCCCCUACCCCUCCUACCCGGAACCAGCAAAGCCCUCCAGGGUGCUAGAGGGGCCCCGCCGCAGCCGUCCAGGCGGGCUUGGGAAUCGACUCCCCAUCGCCUUGGACCUUGGAGGCAAGCAGAUUCGUUUAACUGAGGCCUCCUCGGGGUCGGGCCCCCGGAGCGGACCUGGAGCUGGGACGCAGUGGCAGCCCCGCCUCCCGCCCGGGCUCAGGUUUCGACCCGAGAUUAGUGGCAGCGGAGGCCCGGACUCGCGCCACCUGUCCGAGUGCCACCUGGUGAGCGCGGCGCCCGGGGGCCAAGCCCCUCCUCCCGCGGGCCUCCCUCUCUUCUCCCUGGCCCGUGCUCUCCCUCGGCCUGGGGUCCAAACGUUCGUCAAGCGGCCGGCCACCAUGCCGCGCUCCUUCCUGGUCAAGAGCAAGAAGGCGCACAGCUACCACCAACCGCGUUCCCCGGGGCCAGACUACUCCCUCCGUCUGGAGACCGUGCCCGCGCCCGGCAGAGCAGACGACCCUGUGAACGCAGGCCACGCGAAGGUGGAGCCCCGAGACCGUUCGUCCCCCGACUCUCACGACAAAGCCUCCGGGUCCCCCAACAGCUGCGAGGGCAGCGUGUGUGACCCGAGCUCCGAGUUCGAGGACUUCUGGAGGCCUCCUUCUCCCUCGGUGUCUCCGGCCUCUGAGAAGUCGCUGUGCCGGUCCCUGGACGAAGCUCAGUCCUACACCCUGCCUUUCAAGCCCUACGCGUGGAGCGGCCUUGCGGGGUCGGACCUGCGGCACCUGGUGCAGAGCUAUCGGCAGUGCCCCGCCCUGGAGCGCAGCGCCGGCCUGAGCCUCUUCUGCGAGCGCGGCGCCCCCGAGCCGGGACACCCGGCCCCGCUGUACGGCCCGGAGCCGGCCGCGGGCGGAGCCGGUGCGGGGCCACCCGGGAGCUGCGGCGGCGCAGGCGGAGCCUCCAGCGGCGCGGGCCUGGGGCUCUACGGAGACUUCGGGCCUGCGGCGGCGGCCGGCGUGUACGAACGGACGAGCGCAGCAGCUGGCCGGCUGUACCAAGAUCGCGGCCACGAGAUCCACGCAGACAAGAGCGUGGGCGUCAAGGUGGAGUCGGAGCUGCUGUGCACCCGCCUGCUGCUGGGCGGCGGCUCCUACAAAUGCAUCAAAUGCAGCAAGGUGUUCUCCACACCGCACGGGCUGGAGGUGCACGUGCGCCGGUCCCACAGCGGCACGAGACCAUUUGCGUGCGAGAUGUGCGGCAAGACCUUCGGGCACGCGGUGAGCCUGGAGCAGCACAAGGCCGUGCACUCCCAGGAACGAAGCUUUGACUGUAAGAUCUGUGGCAAGAGCUUCAAGAGGUCGUCCACGCUGUCCACACACCUGCUCAUUCACUCGGACACCCGGCCCUACCCCUGUCAGUACUGUGGCAAGAGGUUCCAUCAGAAGUCAGACAUGAAGAAGCACACCUUCAUCCACACAGGUGAGAAGCCCCACAAAUGCCAGGUGUGUGGCAAAGCAUUCAGCCAGAGCUCCAACCUCAUCACCCACAGCAGGAAGCACACGGGGUUCAAGCCCUUUGGCUGUGACCUGUGUGGGAAAGGCUUCCAGAGGAAGGUGGACCUCAGGAGGCACCGGGAGACUCAGCAUGGACUCAAAUGAGCCCCUUGGCCAUCUGCGAUGCCAGCUGUGAACACUACUGCCUCCAGCCCCUUCUCAGGCCCCGAGUCCAGUGUGCAAAGCUCACUAUGGCUAGUCCCCUUCCCCGUCCUUCCCAAAGCUGCUGGAGGAGAUGAACACCCUUUUCAAAGGUCAGCCCAGAGUGGGAACCACAGCAGUUGUCUGGGCGUUGGGCUUCCCUUCAGCUGAAGAUCGGGAUCCAAUGUAAUCUGGACCUCCCAGUCCUUCCCUCUUCUGCCCUGUCUCACAGGCAGGAAGGAACUCUGGGCAGCUGCUAAAAGCAGGCAUCACCUCUUAAACUCUGGACACUGGCUGAUGCUUUACGUAGAAGGAACGAGCAUUCUUCUUCUUCUGGGGAGCCUGCCGACCCCUUUCUUCAGACACUGGUUUAGGGAAGGGGCUGUAUUCCUUUGAGAUCACCAGAUGCACCAUCAAGCUUGUCAGAAGGUGGACUUGGUGAGGAGAGGGAGUCAGCG